AUGGGUAGAAGGAAAAACAGCGUCGUCCGAUGUUUGGAACAAAUACAGAAGAUUAAUUAUGAACCACCGCCGCUGCAAGAUGCUUGUCCGACGCUGGAUAAAGUUGUCAAGUCAAAUGAAAUGCACUUGUUUGACCUUACCUCUUUGCAACUGGAAUUGGAACGCUUACUCACCAGUAUAAUGGAACGACUCGCUUGUCUGUCUGCGGAAUCUAAAGGGCAUGAGUUACCUCCUGAAAUGAUGCAAGCGUUACACUUAUUAAACUCCAGUAACGAUCCUGAGACCGGUCAACCCGCAUUGGCUGGUCCUUCUUUAGUGGUUAAGGCCAAUCCCGACAAACCAUUGACUCUCAUAAUAUCUCAGAGGAGUCGAACGUCUCAACAGUCCGCCCUAUCCUCGUUGGAUGCAUCUAUCGGUAAAAUAACAAAAUCUGGUCAGUCGAUUCCGUAUGCUCGACGAACUAGUCGCUCUUCUGUCGAUGAUCACGCUGACCAUAGUCCCGCAUCAUCACCUGAUAAAAACCAAUCAUCCAGCUAUGCUAUUCCGAACAAAUUUUGGGAACUGAUGGAACCUUACUGUGCGGACAUCACGGAAGCAAACAUAGCCUACUUAGAAAGUGUUAUUCGAUCCUAUCAGGAUAUGGAAGCUUCCUACUUUCAACUACCACCGUUCGAUUCUAGUGAAGUUGUCAAACCGGAGCUCACGGAGUCCAUCGCUGCCAAACGUCCCAAACGCGAAGCGGCUCAUUCAUCUGCCAUUUCGCAUAGCUCAGAGGCGGCAAAUAUCUCGGAUACGGUGGCCGACUUCUCGUCCGCAUCCAAUGUUGUCCAUCUCGCCAGGUGUCUAGAAAAAGAGCUAAAGUGA